AUGUACUUUACUGAAAACCCAGUAUUUGCUUAAAAAUUAUAUAUUUUCAUGAGAAAUUAUGGAGGUUAAAAUUUUGUUGACUUAAAUACAUUUCUUACCAGCAUAGUUGAUUUAUUCACAAGAUCUUCUAUGAAAUUGUAGAGUUAACUAAAGAACUUAUAUAUUUACAUUUUAUUUAUUUUGGUAUCUUUAUCAAGUUCUGAGAUAAUGCACAAAGAGACUUUUGAUUUUAAUAAUGUUUUUAAAAUAUCUAUAAGUUAUUCUAAUGCUGUCAAAUUAUUUAAAGAACCAAUCAAUAUGCAAAGUCAUAAAGGUGAUAUAUUAUGCAAUGACGAUGAUUAGGCACCUAUUUUACUAGUCAAUAAUAUUUUUGAAAAUCACUCUAUCCUAAACUAUAAAGUCUUUAAUGAUAAAAUUAAAUAAGAGACUCCUUAAAUAUCAAAAAUUGUUAAGAAUUAUAUAGCUGGUAAAUUCAUUAAUAAGAUACUAAGAAAUACAAUGCCUAAAUUAGAAUCUAGCGAGUUGAUGAAUAAAUAAUUAAUUGCUCUUCUAAAUCUAAGUGUUCCUUGGUUUAAUAAAUGCGUAUCGGUAAACUAAAUAUACAGAUUUGAAGUCGAAAGUGGAGCCAAUUAUACUUUUAAUAUCUUAGGAAAUAUUCUAUUGUAAGCAAGGGGGCCAAACGUUAUUUUGUUUCGUCAUCUCUAAAUUGAUAAGGAUAGGGAUAAAGUAGAGAAAUACAUAUUUGGCUAUUUUUCUCCUUCCCAGUGGAGAGUGUCUCCUAAUAUAUCAGGAAGUAAAAGUACCUUCAUCUUUUCUGUUCAUCCCAAAUUUCAAAUAUUCUCCACAAAUGGCUAACAAUAAAGUAAGUUUGCUUUAAUAAUGCCAAUCAUUACUAAAAAAUAGAGUUAACAACUCAAUUCUCAAUUUAAUCAAGGGCCAAAGGAACCUGGAUUAGGUAUAGGUGGAAGCGGAUAUGAAUAACACAGGAUUUGGAUUAAUGGAAAGCAAUUGUAAGCAAGUAGAUUGAUAGAUGAUGACAAGACCUUUGAGAGUGGACCAAUAUUACAAAAUGAUAUUCACCUACUUAAUUCUUAGAUAGAUUUGAUCGAAAUAUGGGAUUUACAACUAUCUACUGGAGCUUAAAGCACAUCUUAUUUUAAGACUACUUCUCAUAAACCUUAUUUAAAUGAAGAACAAUAAAGAUUCCAUCAAAAUUAAUUGAGGGAUGUUAUAAUUACGCUAAAUUAAAAAAAAGGGAAAAAAGAUUAUAGAGGAGGAAUUGAUGAAUAUUAGACAUCGAAUCCUUUGCUCCAGAUUAGUGAGGAGGAGGAAGAGAAAUAACAAGGGAAAUGA